GGCAGUUCACUAGGCAAGAAACAUCUACCAAAAAAUAUACCCGGCCUUAUCAAACAUUUGUUUUGGUUCCGCCGGUAGAGCUGCCUUUUUGCUCUCCAGCAUAAUGGCAGAAGCACUGACGGAAGAUCAAGUCGCUGAUUUCCGGGAAGCCUUUUGCCUCAUCGACAAGGACGGUGACGGCCUGAUAACCAUGGAAGAGCUUGCAACGGUGAUCCAAUCACUGGAUGAGCAUCCGACCAAAGAGGAGGUUCAAGACAUGAUUAAUGAGGUCGACGCUGAUGGUAACGGGAAAAUAGAUUUCACCGAGUUCUUGAACAUUAUGGCCAGAAAGAUGAAGGACAACGUUGCAGAGGAGCUUAAAGAGGCUUUUAAGGUAUUCGACAGGGAUCAGGACGGAUACAUAUCGGCCAAUGAGCUGAGAAAUGUGAUGAUGAAUUUGGGUGAGAGGCUUACCAGUGAAGAGGCUGAACAGAUGAUUAGGGAAGCUGAUUUGGAUGGCGAUGGUCUUGUCAGCUACGAGGAAUUCGAGAGGAUGAUGAUGCUCCAAUAGUACAAAUGCACAUAGCUAAAGAAAUUAGAGAGCUGAGUUCACGCGUUUAUCAUAUUAGUGAUCUCAUUUUGGCAAUUAAUAGUAAUAUAAAUAUAUAAAAACCGGAGAUUGAUAUAUACGGGUGCGCCAUGUAUGCCAAAUUAUAAAUCCUUCAUUUUCCAAUUUUAAUUUAAUGAACUUUCACUAUAAAUAAUAUAUAUUAUCUUGAACAGAUCUUAGAUAUU